CUUCCUUAGUUUUCAUCCACACAGCGUCAGGCAAAGACGUUAUUUAAUUAUAACACUAAGGAUUGGAAGCUCAUUAUGGCCCUAAGAAUCGAAAACGAAGCUAAAUUAGAUUCAGAACCUUGUGUGGUGGCUUGGGAUGGCAAGUUAUUUGUCGGCACAGGGGAUGGGUCUGUUAAAACAUUUGAUGCGAACCUUUCACCUGGCGUGUCAUGGUCGGCGCAUAGCGUCCAGCUAUUUGCGAUUGCAGCGCAGCAUGGCAAGGUUUAUACGUCCUCUAAUGAUGCAGGCAUCAGGGUGUGGUCUGCAGAUGGCGUGAAAGAAGCUGAACUACCAAAUGCGGGAUCAGAUGUCGGCGUGCUCCGAGUAUUUGAUAAAGAGCUUUAUGUUGGAGAUGAGGGUGGUAACGUCAUGAUUUUUGAAAACAACGAAGAAAAGGCAAGGUAUAACGUUUUGGAAGAAGUGAAAGACUUAUGGUUCAGUGCACCGUUUUUAUUCACUGUAAGAGAUCUUGAUGUUACUGUCACUGAAAUUAAACCUGAUGAAUCAAAAACUCUGUUUGUCAAUCAUCACACAAUGGAGGGGCGAGCUCCAUUGCAUAUGGCCGGUACUCGUCUUUUAGUGACGGCUCGCGGAGGCAACAAUUUGCGACUGCACGAUGCUGCCGCUCACACUGGUUUCAAACAACUACAUGAGGUUAAAGUAAGCGAUAUGAUUUUGACUAGUUUGUCAGUUAGCGGAGAUUAUGUUUGGACUGGCGGUUGGGAUGGUAUUCUCCGAAGGUGGAAGAUAGAUGUAGACGUAUUGGAACCAGCAGGAGAAAUCUCCCUUGGAAGCUGCAUCAACGGUGUCGUCUCUACUUUAGAUAACACCUACGCUGUAAUGGCUGGCGGCAAAGUAGUUCGUAUUAAAGCGGCAUAAACUGUAUGAGACUGAUGUAUCCAUUUAUAUUUUGUGUUAAAUGUAUAGUUAAAUGGUAUUUAUCGUGUUCAUUCUUUUUCAUAAUUCAUGUACUUAGUAUCGUAGAUAUAAGACGAAUCUCCUCAUCAUUGUAUGAACGUAAAUUGUCAUGUUAUCACAUAAUUACAACUGAUACUUAUAAAUAAAUCUAAUAAGGUUGUAAGGC